AUGAGCACAGUAAAAUCAUUGAACCCGUUUGAUCUGGAACCGCCUGAGUCGGUUGGCCCUCGUUGGGAGAAAUGGCUGGCUCGUUUCGAUAAUUAUUUGAUUGCAGCAAACAUCACGGAAGACGAGCGGCAGAGAGCCCAGCUCUUGCACGGUGGCGGUGAGGACGUGUUUGACGUCUACCUCACCUUUGACAGCAGUAGCAUUACAAGUUACGACGACUUGAAGGAUGCUCUGACGGCUCACUUCAGUCCGAAGCGCAACAGGGAAUACGAGGUCUACUUGUUCCGUCGUGAGAAACAAUCUCAGUCGGAGACCCUUGAUAGCUACGUAACUCGUCUUAGGCGUUUGGGCAAGCACUGUCAAUUUGCAGAUAUGGACACAGAGCUAAAGUCUCAGGUCGUACAGCACUGUGUGUCGUCGAAGGUACGUGAAAAGGCUUUCAUGGAGAGCAGCAUGUCGUUGGCAGACCUCCUUACUUAUGCACGUUCAGUGGAAGUCACGAUGUCGUCUGUGGCAGCCAUGGCCGGGGCCAGCAGCUUCAGCAAGCCUGAACAUCCCCAAGUCCAUAAAGUGGAGAGGCGACACCCAUCAAGUCGUGACCAGCCCAGUCCUUCCAGUAAGGCCGUUCGCAAAUGUAGCGGAUGCGGGGGGAAAUGGCACGACAACCGCUCGGAUUGCCCAGCAUGGGGCAAGACGUGCAAGUCCUGCAGCAGGUCGAAUCAUUUUGCAAAGGUAUGCCGGUCGAAGGCUGUGCAUCAGUUUUCCGAGCAGAGAGCCCCGGAGUUCGCAUCACCUGACCAGACGGCGGAAUACAGCGCGGAGCUGCACCACACCAGUUGCUCUGGUCAUGUGCGUUCCAACGUGGAUCCUUAUAUGUAUAGUGUGAGUCUGGCUGGCACCCCUGUUGUGUUUGAGAUAGACACCGGAGCGGCAGUAACAAUAAUCAACAAAGCGGAGUACCAGACACUGGCGUCGAAAGAUACCAAGCAGCAACUCCCCAGUCUGGAGACGAAUGACCUGCCGAGCCUUAGGUCGUAUGCUGGCAAGAUCAUACCAGUUAUUGGUCGUCUCAUCUGCAAUGCCCGUCAUGCGAAGAACUCGGCUCAGCUGACCAUGUUUGUCGUCGAGGGUUCUGGUCCGAAUCUGUUGGGUAGAGACGCGCUGCAGACGCUAAAGCUCAACUGGAACCGAGUCUUCAAUGUCACCGGAGAUCUGAGCAGUGACCUCCUGAGCAAGCAUCCUGAUGUUUUCAAGCCCGGACUAGGCACCUGGAAGCACGGCAGUGUCAAGCUUGCAGUCGACCGCAAUGCUAGACCUCGCUUCCUGAAAGCUCGCUCUGUGCCUUAUGCUCUACAGUCUGCCGUGGAGAAGGAGCUGGACAAACUAGUCGACAACAAUGUCAUUCAGCCAGUCGAAUUCGCUGAGUGGGCAGCACCGAUUGUGCCAGUUCUCAAGAGCAAUGGCCAAGUCCGCAUCUGUGGUGAUUACAAGUGCACUGUUAACCAGGCAGCCAAGACAGAUAAGUACCCAUUGCCGAACAUAGAGGAUUUGUACGUGAAACUUGCUAAUGGCUGUUGCUUCACCAAGCUGGACCUCAGUCAAGCUUAUCUCCAAUUACCACUGGAUGAACAGUCUAAACUUCUUACCACCAUCAACACCACGAAGGGACUGUUUGUGUACAACCGACUGCCUUUUGGUGUGUCUUCGGCCCCGAGCAUAUUUCAACGUACGCUCGACCAAUUGCUAGCUGGAAUACCAAUGGUCGUGAUCUUCUUGGAUGACAUCCUUGUCUCUGGCACAACUCGUGAAGAACACGACAAACAUCUGAACAUGGUUCUGGAACGUCUCAACGCAGCUGGAUUGCGUUUGAACCGCACCAAAUGUUCAUUUGCAAGGUCCUCUGUGACAUUCUUAGGUCACAUCAUCGAUGCAUCUGGAAUUAAGCCCACCAAGGAGAAAGUGCAAGAUGUCAUUGAUGCAAGGGCUCCUACCGACGUCCAAGAGCUGAGAAGCUACCUCGGACUAAUCAACUACUACCACAAGUUCAUUCCUAACCUGAGCUCAGUACUUGCUCCGUUGUAUGAACUAUUGUCUUCCAAGAGUUGGGACUGGUCUCAUCGUCAACAGUCCGCAUUCGAGAGUAGCAAGAAGCUGCUCAUUGACUCACCCGUCCGUGUGCAUUACGACCCUAAACUACCAAUUAUUGUGAGCUGUGAUGCCUCACCGUACGGCAUUGGUGCAGUUUUGUCGCAUGUUGUCAAUGGCGAGGAGCAUCCGGUAAUCUUCGCAUCGCGUACCCUGUCGUCAGCAGAACGAAACUACGCACAGAUUGAGAAGGAAGGCCUCGCCAUGGUUUUCGCUGUCAAGCGAUUCCACAAGUACCUGUAUGGCCAAUCAUUCACUCUUCAAACAGACCACAAACCUCUGCUGGGUUUGUUCAGCGAGUGUCGGCCCGUUCCUGCUAUGGCCAGCGGUCGUAUUCAGCGUUGGGCGCUGAUGUUAGCCAACUAUGACUAUGAGCUACAGUACAAGCCCGGCAAAUCGAAUGGAAACGCUGAUGGUCUCAGUCGUCUGCCGGCACCAAUGCCCGAAUUCCAGGUUCCCGUGCCGGCUGAAACAGUUUUGUCAAUGACUGUUUUGGACGGAACUCCCGUAACAUCAUCGAGCGUUGCGCAAUGGUCUCGCCGUGAUCCAGUGCUUGCAUUAGUUCUUAAGUACGUCCAGGAAGGCUGGCCUAACGACGUGCAUAGUGAUUACCAAGUGUACUACCGUCGUCGAAGUGAACUCUCCAUCAUCGAUGGGUGCUUACUGUUGGGGUCUCGCGUUGUCAUUCCGCCCCAAGGCCGAGAAAAGUUACUGGAAGAGUUACAUUUCAGCCAUCCCGGCAUAACCAGAAUGAAGUCGCUCGCCCGCAGCUACGUCUGGUGGCCAUCGAUCGAUGCCGAAAUUGAACUCAAGGUCCGCAGCUGUGAGCCAUGUCAAGCAACCCAGAAGUCUCCAGCACUACAGCCAUUGCAUCCCUGGGAGUGGCCAGGCAAACCCUGGACCCGACUGCACAUUGAUUAUGCAGGCCCUGUGGAAGGCAAGAUGCUACUUGUGAUCGUCGACAGCCACAGCAAGUACAUCGACGUGCAUGCCGUUCCAUCUGCUACGUCGACAGCUACCAUUGGCAAGCUUCGUGAGUGUUUCGCUACACAUGGUCUUCCGCAACAGCUUGUCUCGGAUAAUGGCUCAGUGUUCACCAGCUCGGAGUUUCAACAAUUCUGCUCAAGUAACGGUAUCAAGCAUACCUUGGUUUCACCCUACCACCCAGCAAGCAACGGUCUUGCUGAACGAGCAGUUCAAACAGUCAAAUCCGGCUUGAAGAAAUUGUCAGGUGCUGGUGGAGACCUAGCGUCACGGUUACACCGCUUUCUGUUUCAUUAUCGCUUAACGCCUCAGUCAACAACAGGCCAGUCACCAUUUCAGCUGCUUAUGAACCGCACGCCACGUUCUCGUCUUGACCUGACGUUUCCAGAUAUAUCAGCACGUGUCUUGAACAGGCAAGGUGCUGCUGUUGACCGUCGCACAGCUCGGGCGUCGGAUCUCUGUUGUGGUGAUGCUGUUUGGGUGAUUAACUUCACAUCGACGCCUAAAUGGAUGCCUGGUGUGCUGGAAGAAUGUCUUGGUCCAGCCACGUUUACUGUACGUCUGGAUGAUGGUCGCAUAUGGAAGCGCCAUGCUGAUCACAUUAGACGCCGUCUUCCGUCCGAGGGAGGAGAAAUGCUACCCGAGAGUGCAGGCAUAUCCGACCGGUCAUCACCGCCAUCAACUUCAACUUCAACUUUGGCAACUGCACAGCCGCCGUCACAUGCAGAUGCCGAAUCACCACAGCCGUCACAGCCAGAGGUUGCCGCCAGCCGCCAGGAUGUGGAAUCAACAUCGCUAUCCUCUUCUGCAUUUGCUGCACCUUCUGCUGAAUCUUCUACUCAGUCUUCUGCUAUCUCUGUUAAUUCUCCUAGCUCUAAUCUGCGCAGGUCUACACGCUCAAGGAAGUCCCCUGAUCGUAUGAACUUGUAA